AUGGUUUUUUCAUUCUUUCCUCUAUUCACCCACUCAUUCUUUUAUUCGUUCUUUCAUUCAUCAGUUCAUUCAUUCAUUCACUCAUCCAUUCAUCCAUUCAUUUGCUCAUUCGUUCGUUCAUUCAUUCAUUCAGUCGGUCAGUCAUUCGUUCAAUCAUUCAUGCACUCUUUCAUACAUUUCAUCCAUUCGUCCAUUUACUUACACCAAGUCCUCCGCGAUGGCGUGCGCUGAGUUCUACUGGGGUUUCUCCUUGAGUGGUAGCCAACGGAAAGCGAAAGGCUCGCGUCCGACAAGGCGUCAACUGAAAUACUUUAAAAUUUUUAAAUACUGA